UGGUUUAGACUUCAAAGCAGGCUUAAAUCUUCAUCCACUUGAUGUUGGGUAGCCUAGCAUUAUUAUAUUUUUGUCGUGUUAGCUAUUACUUUAACCAUGUUCAAUGAACUUGCUUCGUUUAAGGGUAUUUGAAGCCAUUUUUUCUUCAAAGACUGCGGCAGUUUCUCCUCCUUUGUUAAGAGAAGGAUUGAUUUGGUCUAUGGAGGUGGUAGCGUGGGGUUGAUGGGUCUAGUUUCUCAGGCAGUUCAUGAUGGUGGGCGCCAUGUUCUGGGUGUUAUCCCAAGAAGUCUCAUGCCAAUAGAGAUAACUGGUGAACCAAUUGGUGAAGUGAGAGCAGUAUCUGAUAUGCAUCAAAGGAAAGCUGAGAUGGCUCGUCAAGCCGAUGCAUUCAUUGCUCUUCCUGGGGGGUAUGGAACACUUGAAGAAUUGCUUGAAAUCAUUACAUGGGCUCAGCUUGGAAUCCACAGCAAACCGGUGGGUCUGUUGAAUGUGGAUGGAUUUUACAAUUCGUUGUUGUGUUUCAUUGACAAGGCCGUUGAUGAAGGCUUUAUUUCUCCAAAGGCACGUCGCAUUAUCGUGUCAGCCCCCACAGCCAAAGACCUGGUUAGGGAGCUAGAGGAACAUGUACCUGAACGAGACGAAGUUGUGUCCAAGUUGGUGUGGGAAGAAAGACUGAGUUACGUGCCGGAAUCAGAAGUUGCCAUGUGACUCAUCUUUUGUGAACUUAGUGGAGAUUGAUGAACUUAGUUUUUGGGAUCUUUUCUAUCAUUUUGUUGUUCUUUUUUAUGUAUUUUGGGUACAUAAUAUAGUCAAUAUAUAUGGGCAUAGGAACUGUAGGAUCAUACAUCAUCCUCUUGUUUUGCUUUUUUUUUUCUUCCAGCUUUUGUUGAUGCCCCUACUAUACAGAAAAGUAGGUCAAAAAAUAUGGAAAAAUCAUCAGUUAAUGGAAGUUAAUUAAUUAUCUUAU